AUGUCGUAUAGCGGAGGCGGCUGGUGUUCGCUGGUUGCAGCAAAGACAAAAGUUGCGCCACUCCGGGCGCUCUCAAUCCCCCGCUUGGAGCUUGAGGCUGCCAUGAUGGGAUCACGCUUGUUGCAGAAAAUUCGUACGGCACUUACCCUCAACAUUCGAAGACACUUCCUGUGGACGGAUUCAGCUACAGUGCUCGCAUGGCUCCGCUCAGACAGUCGUCGAUAUCACCAAUUCGUUUCUUUCCGGGUUGGAGAAAUUCUUUCGCUCACCAGCGUGGACGAAUGGCGCUAUGUACCAUCGAAGCUCAAUGUUGCGGACGACGCCACAAAGUGGAACUCGGGACCCUCAUUUGACCCAGAAAACCGUUGGUACCAGGGACCACCGUUUCUACGAAACCCAAAAGAGCAGUGGCCUGGGCAGUCAGUAGUGGAGGAUGAAGCGGAUGUAGCAUGCGAAGAACUACGUUUAGUAGGCGUACAUCAAGCGGCCGAGGAAGUAAUUCGCGUCGAGCGCUUUUCCAAUUGGGAUCGUUUGCUUAGAGCGAUGGCUUAUGUUCACCGGGCAGUCAGGAUCUGGAAGCGAACUCUAGGGAGAAAAAGUCGACGGCAUGUCCUGGAUCAGGAAGAUAUCGUGAAGGCGAUGGAAACACUUUGGCGCCAAGCACAGAGUCAGGCUUAUGUGGAGGAGGUUCACGCGCUAAACCAUGGUUGCAGCGUGGGCAGAAGUAGCCCAUUGUACCCCCUAGUUCCGUUUAUUGACGAACACGGAGUCGUACGCAUCGGAAGUCGGAUUGGAAGCGCACCGCACAUUCCCUACGCAACAAAGUAUCCCGUAGUGCUGCCGAGAGAUCAUCGCAUUACCUUCCUACUGGUACAGUCGGUUCAUCGCCGGUUCUUGCAUGCUAACGGAGAAACUGUUUGUAACGAGCUGCGACAAGAGUUUUACAUCCCGAAGCUUCGGGUGUUCGUGAAAAAAGUAAGUCGAAGUUGUCAGUACUGCAAGGUGAAGAAAUCAACUCCCCGGCCACCAUUGAUGGGACCUCUGCCGAGAGUACGCCUAACCCCAUUCAUUCGGCCAAUCACGUUCGCCGGUGUAGAUUACAUGGGACCCCUCGAAGUAAGAGUUGGACGAUGCGUCGCAAAACGGUGGAAUUGUUUGUUUACAUGCCUCACGGUGCGAGCAGUCCAUCUGGAGCUGGUCCACAGUCUUUCGUCUGCAUCUUGCGUGAUGGCAUUCAGAAGAUUUGUAGCCAGGCGGGGAGCUCCACAGGAGGUAUUUUCGGACAAAGGAACAAAUUUUGUGGGAGCCAAUCGCCAGUUGUCAGAGGAGAAGCAGAAAAUUCGGGACAUUGUUCAAGACUGCGCCGCCACAUUUACCAAUGCAAAUACUCAGUGGCAUUUUAACGUUCCUGCGGCUCCGCAUAUGGGAGGACCAUGGGAACGCAUGGUGAAGUCGGUGAAGGUAGCGAUGAAAGCUGUGUCGGAUAGCACACGUCACCCUAGCGACGAGGUGUUGGAGACCAUCAUGCUGGAGGCCGAAGCAAUUGUCAACUCACGACCGCUGACUUAUGUUUCUUUGGAGGCAGAAGACGACGAAGCGCUCACACCAAACCACUUCCUUCUAUACGGACGGACUGGGUUUUAG